CUACUACAUGUUAUUGCCCUGAAUACCUACUUCGCAACUUCUCGAUAAUUAGUCAUUUGCUAUACGACCAAGUCUUUGUUAACACCAGCACCGCCAAACAUGGGGUCUGUUGACACAGAAACUCGGCUCUACACGCUUGCUGAAGGCUGCCCCUAUGCCGACCCUGCCACCGCACAGAGAUUCAGCGACGGGUCGCCCAUCAAGGGCUUGAUGCUGCUCCAAGACACGCAGCUUAUCGAGACGCUCGCCCACUUCAGCCGCGAGCGCAUUCCCGAGCGCGUUGUCCAUGCCCGCGCCGUGGGCGCCUGGGGCGAGUUCGAGGUCACGCACGACAUCUCGCACCUCACCUCAGCCAAGUUCCUCAAUGGCAUCGGCACCAAGAGCAAGACGCUGUCGCGCAUCUCGACCGUCGGGCCGGAGCGUGGCAGCGCCGACACGAUCCGGGACGUGCGGGGCUGGGCGCUCAAGAUCUUCACCGAGCAGGGCAACCAGGACUUUGUCUUCAACGACAUCCCCGUCUUCUUCGUGCGGGAUCCCGUCAAGUUCCCAUCCCUGAACCGCUCGCACAAGCGGCACCCGGCCACCAACGUGACCGACGCCACCAUCUUCUGGGACUUCCACAGCCAGAACCAGGAAGGCAUCCACGCGCUCAUGUUCCUCUUCAGCGACCGCGGCACGCCCCGCUCGGUGCGCCACGUCAACGGCUACAGCGGCCACGCGUACAAGCUGGUGGCGCCCGGCGGCACCGGUUUCCAUUACGUCAAGUUCCACUUCAUCUCGGACCAAGGCACCGACACCAUGACGGCCGACGAGGCCACGCGGCUCGCCGGCGCCGACCCGGACUACCACACGGCCGACCUGUACAACUCCAUCGCCGCCAGCCGCUUCCCGUCGUGGACCCUCAAGGUUCAGGUCAUGACGCCGCAGCAGGCCGAGGCGUACCGCUGGAACGUCUUUGAUAUGACAAAGGUCUGGCCGCACGCCGACUUUCCGCUGCAGCCCGUCGGCAAGCUCACCCUAAACAAGAACCCCGACAACUACUUCGCCGACAUUGAGCAGGCCGCCUUUUCGCCAUCGACAAUGGUGCCGGGCAUUGCGCCGUCCGCAGAUCCCAUGCUCCAAGCGCGCAUGUUUGCGUACCCCGACGCGGCACGGUACCGGCUCGGCGCCAACUACCAGCAGCUGCCCAACAACCGGCCCGCGGCGCCCGUGUACAGCCCGUACGAGCGCGACGGGCGGGCCAGCAUCAACGGCAACUACGGCGGCGACGCCAGCUACGUGCGCGCGACGGCGACGCGGGCCGUGGCGUUUGCCUCCUCGGGCUCUAAGACUGCUGCUGCCUUCACGCCUGGCAUCACGGCCCACGACGUCUGGGCGCUGGGUUCUGUCGCUGAAUACACUAGUGAUGUUGUGGAGGACGAUUUCGUGCAGGCCCGCGCCUUCUGGCGCGACGUCCUGGGACCCCAGCCCGGCCAGCAGGCGCACUUUGUGUCGAAUGUGGCGGGCCACAUUGGCUUGGCGAACCGCGAGGUCUGGGAGGCGACGUUUGACAUGUUCGCGCGCGUCGCUCCUGAGCUGGGGAAAGCCGUCCGCGACGCUGUGCUGGCGCGAGAUGCGUGAUUCCUAGCGUGAAAGUAGUUACUUACCGAUCUGAAUAGCUUCAUUGGCAAUCAACAUGAAUGCAAUCUAAUGCCUGAAUAUUUGUCAACGGGGGGCUUUCCAAAAUUUCCAAGAUCUCAAUUCAUUCCGGCUCGCCAUACAUGUUUUCCGCCGACAGGCGUAAAAAUUCGUUAGAUACCUAAUUGAGAGUCCUAGGGGCCUGUCUCUUCAUAUCCAGGCAGGGGAUGAUAUCUCGUCGUUUAUUUGCUCAUUACGAGAUUCCCCCACUUUUCCCUUCGUUUCCCCGCGAUCCCGAUCGCGAAAUUUGGUGGCUUUUAA